AUGCACACCCGCGCGUCAUCCCUGGCCCUUCACCAUCGCUCACUCACUUCAUCACUUCACGUUCUCGUAGCCCAUGCUAGUGGGCGGGGAAGUGGACGCGCACCUAGCAGCUUGGCCUCGCCUCUGCAACAGUGCAACGCUUUUUCAGCACACGACGUACCUCGACUCGACCCCACUGCUCAAGCACAGGGCCUGUCGCAGACACAGUGCAUAACACACUCCCUUUCCAGCUUCCAGCGACGACGCUUUGGGUUGUGUGGCGCACGCCGUUGUUACUACAUGCAACCUGCUGGCCGUUUCUGCCUGACCCAGAGAACCUUCUCCUCCAGUCGCCCUGCAUGCCACGAGGGCGCCGACGGGGAAGCUGACGAGCUGACGGCAGCAAGACUACGGCAGAAGCUGGAGAAAGCGCCGAAGUGUGUUCUACGAGUCACUUUACCAUGUUCGUAA